CUCUUUCUCCCUCUUGAAAACUAGGGAAAUUUAGUUGUGAUAUAUAAUUCACUAGACGGAAGUACUCAGCAACGACGUGAAAUAAUUAAUAUAUUUUUCAUUUCAUUAAAAUGAUUCUUUUUUACAAGUUUGUAUAAAAGCAGACAGAAUUUCAACGAAAAAAGCAUUUGAGAUAAAUUUAUUUGUAAUAUUAGUACCUGAGGUGAUACCGAUUGUGCCGUCUAUAAACUGAAUAUUUUCAACCCUUACCAGGUACGGUCGAAUUGUUCACUUCGCGUUUGUGGUGUUCGCAUUGUAUUGUUGUGUUCGUAAUGUGAGCACGAAUUUGAUUUAAGGAUACUUAAACAUCCAAGAUGUCAGUCCAUUAUAAGUUUAAAUCUACAUUGGACUAUGAUACCGUUUCUUUUGAUGGACUCCAUAUUUCUGUGGCAGAUCUUAAGAAAGCUAUUUUUCAUCAGAAACGUAUUGGAAAAAAUACUGAUUUUGAUCUACAAAUAACAAAUGCCCAAACAAAAGAAGAUUAUACAGAUGACAAUGCAUUAAUAGCAAAGAAUACUAGCCUUAUCGUUGCUAGAGUUCCAUUGACAAUUCAGCAGAAAAGAUCCUGGGAUCGUAAUGAAACACCUCCAUUCAGUAAUUUAAAAGAUGAAGCUAAUUUGGGACGUGGUGUAGAUCUUACUAGACUUGAUGGUUCAGAAGAAGAUAAAAUUCGAGCUAUGAUGACUCAAUCGACUCAAGACUAUGAUCCAUCAAACUACAUGAAAAUACGUGGUGCAAAUCAGACAGGAGAUGUACCUACAAACUAUCGUUGUUAUAAAUGUCAUCAACCUGGACAUUGGAUAAAAAAUUGUCCUCUUGGUACAAACCAAGAGCCAAUUGAAAUUAAAAAGAGUACAGGAAUUCCUAGGAGUUUUAUGGUACCAGUUGAAGGUCCAUUAGUACCAGGUGCAAUGAUGACACCUACAGGGCAAUAUGCUGUUCCUGCUAUUGACCAUCAAGCAUACAAAGAAGGUAAAAAAGAAAAGCCACCAUUUUCUCAAGACCCUGAACCUAUUGUAGAAAAGCUAGAAAUACCAGAAGAUCUAUUGUGUAACAUUUGUAAGGAUUUGUUAACUGAUGCAGUAAUGAUACCAUGUUGUGGGAAUUCUUUUUGUGACGAAUGUAUUCGUACAUUUUUAUUAGAAUCUGAAGAACACGAAUGUCCAGAUUGCAAUGAAAAAGAUGUUUCACCAGAAACGCUUAUACCAAAUCGAUUUUUACGUAAUGCUGUUAUGAAUUUUAAAAACGAAACUGGAUAUGCUAAAAGACAAACAUAUAGACCUGCUCCAAUUAAUCAGUCGGUAGUGCAACCAGAACCACCAAAAAUUGAAAUACAACCUACUACACAAGCCACUGGCCAAGUUAAAUGUGUUCAAACAUCUAGUGUUGGUAAUACAUUAGUAGAAUAUGUUGAACCAUCUGCUAAUUUUGAAUCCUUACCACAACAAUUUCCAUCCACUAGUGCACAACCGCAAACUACAACAACACUUCCCGAGUCAAAUUCUGAAUCAGAUUUACAAAGUGAUUCGGUAACAAAGUUAACAACUGAUGAAGAAGCAGAAGUUCCACCACCACCAGGAACAGAACCAUUAUUACCAAUUCCUGCUAUUGGCAGUUCACCAGAAAGAGAUCUUGAACGAAGUGAUCCUCCAAGUCGUGAUAAAAAAGAUCGUGACAAUGACUAUAGUGGAGAAAGACAAUCAAGAGAAAGACGAAGAAGUUUUAGUAGGGAUGGUCAUCGUGAAAGAUUGGAUUCUACUGGAAAUUAUAGGAGUGGAGAACGUGGUCGUAGGAUGGAAAAUUUACGAACAGUGAGUCGUAGGCGAUCUUUAUCACCUAGGCACUCUCAACAUAGCGAUUAUUCAUCUCAGGGAACGACAUUACCACAUGUAAUGAAUCAACCUCCUUCAAAAACUUAUCAGGGUAUGCCACCAGAUGAUGGACAUUACUCGUCCACUAUGCAUUAUGAUAGUGGAAUGCGAAGAUCAACAGAAGAUCGACCUGGGACUCCUACUGUCGAUGAACCCCACUUACAUGUUCCUUCUUCUGGAAAUCAACCACCUCUAUUACCUUUCCCACCAGGAGAAGAUCGCAUACCACAACCAAAUUAUAAUCAACCUCCACCUAAUACACAACCACAUAAUCCUCCACUUUUACCAGAUCCAUAUAUGACUCAUCGUAUACCAAUGUAUCCUCAUCAACAAAGUUCUCAUUAUGGUCCACCAAGAUAUGAAAGACCACCUUAUCAGCAACCAGGAUACAGACCAUCUCAACCACCACGUAAUUAUAACGGACCACCAAGACCUCUCCGUGGAUUACAUCAUAUUGGGUACAGAGGUAUACAGCCACCACCACCAGGAUUGGGGAGGAAUGUACAUAAUGGAAAUCCUCCUGGUAUUAUUGACGAUCCAUUGGAAGCAUUUGAAAGAAUGCUCAGGGAAAAAGAUGAAAGAGAUAGGAGGCUUGGGAAACAUAGAAGAAGAAGUAGAACAAGAUCAAGAUCUCGUAGUUACACCAGAUCUAGAUCACGUUCUUUUAGUCGAAGAUCACCAUUCCCGGGUCGUAUAAGUCGAUCACGAAGUCCUCCUAAAAGAAGAUCAUCAAGAUCUCCAUUGCCAUUAAGAGCUCGUAGUCGUACACCAAAACGUAGAUCGAGAAGUGGCAGUUUCUCUAUUAGCAGAUCCAGAUCAUAUUCACGAAGUCAAUCUCCCAGAUUGUCUAUCCCUCGAGAUAGAGAUAGAGAGCGAGACAGAGACAGAGAUAGAGAUAGAGACAGAGACAGAGAUCGAGAUCGAGAUCGAGAUCGAGAUCGAGAUCGCGAUCGCGAUCGCGAUCGUGAUCGGGAUAGAGAAAGAGAUAGAGAAAGAGAUAGAGAAAGAGAAAGAGAUCGUGAGCGCGAUAGAGAUCGGGAUAGAGAUCGUGAUAGAGAUCGAGAUCGAGAAAUACUACCCAGAUAUAGAUCUCCAUUAAGAUCACCACCCAGAUUUCAAAGAGAUCGAGAUCGUGAAAGAGAACGUCCUCGAUCACGAGAACCACGAGAUGGAUAUAAUAGUUAUUAUAAUGAUUCUCCGGCGCAUGAAUAUCAGUUCAGAGAUCGAGAGCGUGACUUACCACCUAGAGACAGACCGAUAUCUAGAUAUCCAAUAAGAAAUCAACCAUCCCAGCAUAACAUACCGCCAUUGUUGCCUCAUCUAGUCACUGGAGGUCACCCACCACCUCUUAUGUCAUUGGGACCUCCACCUUCGGACAGGAAAGACUAUUAUGAAUCCUACAACAGAUAUUCUGGACCUUCACAACGUUUUGGUAGUCCACUUCGAGAUCCACCUCAUAAACGAUUUGAUGAUGUUGCACCUCCAGGAACUGAAGGUUAUUAUGACCUUUCUCCUCCAGGUGUUGAACAUUUGGAUAGACCUUUACGAGAAGAUCGUGAAAGGACACGUGUAUUAAGAGAUCAAGAAGAUCGUGAACAUCCAUUGAAGGAUCAUGAUACUGAGGAUCGUGAUAGAUUAACCUUUAGAGAUGACAGAAUUCGUGAACGCGAUGAUCGUGUAAGAGAAGAUAGAGACAGAAGAAUUGUAAAUAGAGAUCGAGAAGAUCGUGAAAGACCAGCAUUAUCAAGAGACCAUGAUGAUAGAAUUCGAGAAAAAGAUGAUCGAGAUAGACGUGAAAAAGAAAAAGAUCGUGAUGAUAGACAUCCUCGUGAUCGUCGCGAUGAAGACAGACAUAUAGAAAAGAAAGAUUAUGAUAAAGAUCGUUACAGAGAUGAAAGAGAUCGUCACAGAGUAGAAGACAAAAACCGUAUACGAGAUAAAGAUAGACGUGAUAGAGAUUAUGAUCCUGAAAAGGACAGGGAUCGUCAUGAUAGGUAUGAAAGACGUUCCGUAGAAAGAAAAAAGAACAGGAAGAGUCCAACUCCAUAUUUACAAAAGAGUAAAAGCGAAGCGAAGGACACCUCUCCAGAACGACUGAGGAAGAAAGAGAAGGAGCAUGAAGAGAAAAUAGAAGAUAAGAAGAAAGAGAAAAAGAUCAAAGAAAAGAAAAAGAAGAAAGACAGCGAUGAGAAAGAAAAGAAGAAAAAAAAGAAGAAAGAGAAAAAAUCGGGACAAAAGGAGGUAAUGAAAGAGGAGCCAAUUAAAAUGACUGAGAGUGAGGAUACAUUGACAGAAAAUAAAACAGAAGUAACUUCACCCAUCAAAAUUGAAACUGUAAAACCAAAUAAUGAGGAUGAUAACGUAGAUAACAGAAUAGAGUGUAUACCUAACGAAACCAUAGUUUCUGCAAAAGAAGAAUUUGAAGAUAAAUCUUUAGCCAUGAAUCCUGAACCACCUGAAUAUAACGAACCUAGUCCAGAAAGAUUGGAACAUACAGAAUUUGGUACAAAUCCACCCAAUCCUAAUUUUAAACCCAUACCAGAAUUAAAAUCAGAAAUAAAACCAAUAGAUAGUCUUUACAGUGGUUUAGAUGAUACGGAAAUAAAUACUGUAAUUACAGAAAAAUAUUCUUUAUUGUCAGAAAAUGAAGUAGAGGAUAAAGAAACUAUAUGUGAGGAAAAAUCACCAAAGAAAGAUGAAUUUUUAGCUCCUGUACCAGAGCUUUCUAAAUGGGAAAGAGAUGAUACAAUAGAAAAGUCUGAUGAUGUAUGUGAAUCUCCUACAGAUAAAAUGCAAAUGGACGAACCAAAAUCAAUGAAAGUAGUUACUUCUGAAGUUUUAAAAAGAGCUGAGAAUGCCAUAUUUCAAAAAGCUAUUAAUGCGAUAAGACCAAUAGAAAUAAAAAAGAUUAGUGAGAGUAGGAAGAUAUUAUAUCAAAAUCCAGAGCCAAAGGUGCUUGAAGCAGAACCAACUAGAGAACAACGAAAAAGUGUGAAUGUAACCAUUAACGUUGGUAGAAAUGAAAGAAAUGUAGAAAUUACAGAACCUUUGAAAAAAGCGAAGAUAGAUCGAACAAAGUUUAAACCAGUUCCAGAGACUUAUUCUCCAACGCGUUUGUCUGCUAAGGAGAGACUUGGGGACAAAGUGGAAGAUAACAAAGAGAGAAAAAUUAGUCCAAUUAAAGGCUUUUUAGAUAGAAGGGAAACGAAAAGUGAAAAUCAGUCUAGAAGUCGAUCUCCAAAAAGUACAAGAGAUAAGAGAAUAUCACCACUUAUGGAGAGAAGAGUCGAUUCUUCAUUGGGUAUACCAAGUACCGAUCGUAAAGUCUUUCUAGAAGAAAGGAAACGAGAUAAAGACAGAGGUGAACGUUCAAGGGAUAGAAAUGAUUUCAGACAUGAGAGGCACGAAUUAAGAGAUACGAGGAUAGAAUCAAGACAAGAUUUUCGAUCGAAUAGAGGCGAAACAAAAGGAGAACGAUCGGAUAAAGAUAGAGAAAAAGAUCGAGAACGAGAAAGGAGAGGUAGAACACCUCCGUGCGUAUUUAAAAGAAACGAAGUACCUAAAGUAGGCCCUGGUAAACCUAAAGAAGAUGAAGAUGAUAGAAGAAGAGAUAAAAAAGUAAGAGAAGAUAAAAAAAGAAAGAAGGAACAUCGUAGUAGAAGUAAAUCUAAAGAACACAAGAAACGUAAAGAAAAGAAACAUAAGAAAGAUAAAGAAAAAAGUCAAGAAAAGAAACAAAAGCACAGAGAAAAUGUAAUUUUGAAGGAAAAGACUGAGACAAAUGAAAGCAAAAUUAAUUAUGAUAAUCCAGAACCUCCUCUUGUAGAGACUUUAAAAAAACAAAGAAAAAAUCCUAGACUUGUAUCUGAUCGUAAACGUAGCAUACUCGAUGAAUCUAGUUUUGAACCUGAUUACUCUGCAUCUGAUUCUGAAUCUGAACCUGAAGAUGGUAAAAUUAUCAAUUUACCUACCAAAAAAUUAAAACUUGAAGAAUCAGAAUUAGAAAAGGAUAUAGAUAUAAAGUCCUUGAAAAAAAGGUCUAAAUCUACUAGCAGUGAAGAUACAUCCAGCAGUUCUGAAAGCACAAGUUCCGAUUCUGAUAGUUCUGAUGAAUCGCAUAAAAAGAAGAAAAAGAAACAUAAGAAACAUAAAAAGAAGAAAUCUACUAAAAAAGAUAGUAGUUCAGAAUCUGAUAGUUACACUGAUUCAUCUGAGACAAGCACUGAUGAAGAAAAACACAGAAAAAAAUCAAAAAAAUCAAAAAGCAGGAGUAAGCAAUCCAAGAAGAAAAAAAAGUCGAAACAUAAAUGACAUCAUUAGGUAAUUUUGAAACUUCUAAUGAAAUAUUGGUAAACAUUUCUUUUUGGUAAAUAUCUUUUAAAAUUAAAACAAGCAUUGACGAUUGCAUAAAUUAUUGACGAAAGUGAAAAAUGUGCAUUGUUCUUUGCAUAUCCAUGAACUGUAAUAGGUAACUGCUUCUUACUGUAUACAUAAUGUUAAUACAAAGUCCAAAAGUAAUUUGGACUUUAAGGUUAAUAUGAACUAUAAAAAUUAUUAAUGAAUUAUUUAUUAAUGAACAAAUUUUAUGAUCAUAACGAAUUUAUGAAUAUAUACAGAGUAAAUAGAAUAUUGUGUUUACAAGGAAAGCAUUUCUUCUAUCUGGUAAUAUUGUAUGGCCUUUAAGUAAUUAUAUUCUGAUUUCAAUGUUAAAACCCUAUAAGUAUCAUCAUUUAUAAAGAAAUGUACAUUAUAGCUGUCAGUAGGUCAUAAUAUCCUUAAGAUUUCCAAUGAUGGUAUUGCUAAAGAACACCUAUCUUUAGGAUUUCUGCUAUCUCAAUGUUAUAUUGUACUUUCAUAAUGUAAUAUCUCAUACAUACAUAUAUAUACAUGUGUAUAUAUAUAUAUAUAUAU